AUGGCUUGUAUAAAGCUAAAAAAGUUGGAGGAGUACUUACAUGGAGUAGAUACAUUUGAAAAGCCGAAAAUCAAAUUAGAACAAUACAUAACACCGCCCCAUAUAGCUAGUUGCGUGCUUUAUAACAUUCAGACACUAUACGGAGAUAUUGAAGGGAAAUAUGUAGGAGACUUAGGGUGUGGAAGUGGCAUGCUAAGUAUCGGUUCAUUCUUACUUGGAGCUGGCAUGACCACAGGUUUUGAAAUCGAUGACGAUGCUCUAAAUAUGUUUCAAACCAAUGUAACAGAUAUGGAAUUGCCUGGUAUAGAUUGUAUUUUAUGUGACGUACUAACGUUGUCUAACAAUGAAAAAUGGGAAAAUGCUUUUGACACAAUUAUUACCAACCCUCCGUUCGGGACAAAAAAUAAUAGUGGAAUCGAUAUGUUAUUUGUUCAGACUGGUGUAUAUCUAGCUUCGGGAGCAGUUUAUUCAUUUCACAAAAGUUCCACACGGGACUACAUUCAUAAAAAGGUUAAAGAUUGGAACGUAAAAGGGAAUGUGGUUGCGGAACUGAAGUAUAAUAUUGACACCAGUUAUUCCUUUCACAAAAGCAAAAGCGUUGACAUCAAUGUGGAUUUUUGGAGAUUCGAUGUAUCUGAGAAAACGGUUUGAUUUGAUUCACUACAUAAAAUACUUUGAAUUUAUUCUUAUAUUUAUUUCAAAUACCAAGAAAAUGUAUACAUAAGUUUGUAUGUACGUUUGUGUUUAUGUUAAAACUAGAGUAUCAUGAAAAAAGGCAGACGUGUGUUUCUGAUCACCCGCUUAUAGCAUUUUUCGAAGCAUUUACAAAAAUAUCAAAAACUUUUUCACUGAUGACAGGAAAAUAGUAUUUUUAACAGUAACAUUUCCUAGAAUUUUCUAUAUACAAAUGUACCAAUACAGUUGGUUAAUAAGGACGAUUGUUUUUAAACAGCUAUUAUACAGGUACAAGCUAGUGUAAAUAAUAAGCAAAAUAUACAUAUACAUGAAAAUAAUUUUAA